GCGAGAAAGAAAGAAAAGAAAAGAAAGAAAACGAGAUGAAAGGGCCGCCGGCGCCGUACCGCUUUCGCGUUCAGCGGCAGUUCUUCAGUCGGCGGCGGUUCGUCGGCUGUCGUGGUCGUCUGCUGCUGCUGCUGCUCCUCGCCGACUUCUGGCGCGUCGUCUGCUCCCGCGAGCGUGUGCGAGUUUAGGCUCGGCUCGGCUUCGCCGCAAGACAAAAAAUCCGGAUCGCGCCUGGUGCUUCCCUCUGGCGGUAGCGCUCGCUCGCGUCGUCUGCUACCAGUGUGUGUGUUGUCGUCCGGUCUGCGCGCCGCGCACUCCUCGUACGAGAAGGGGACCGACCACACGGAGGGUUCCGAAGGAACAAAAAAACGAAGAUAAAAAAAGAAAGCGGCGGGGAAAAAAAAUUUCUUUCAUGUCUUGGCGUGUUUUCCAAGAGCAGCUCCGAUGUAUUCGUCGGUUAGAAGGCUGUCCCCGCCGGUUGACGUAGUAAUAAUCGUCGACGUCGUGACGUGCGAAGGUGGCGGCGGUGGUGGUGGUGGAGUGGUGUACCGACGACGACAGCAGCGACGAGAUUUCUCGUGAUCGGAGCGGUUGAUCUCAGAUCGCCGGUUACGAUCUUCGACGUCAAGGCGGACCCCCACAAGCUCUCUAAGGUCGAGAGAGCGGUCCUGCGAGAUACACGCGGUUGUCCUCCGAUCAGAGAGUCGACUCGGUGUUGGCUGUGCGUGUUCUCGACGACGACGACGACGACCUUCGACAAGGCCCCCUGUGCGGGUCGUUUUAAAAACUUGUCGCCGUGUUGCUUCGCCAAUUUUUUUCUUUCUUUCGACGUCGACAUGGUGAUUCGGAUUGCAACGGAGUGCUCGCGGCCUCGUGUCGAACGGAACACGUGUGGAAUUCCUGCCUGCGCAAGUCGCUCAGCGAUGUCAGAUGAGCGGCAAGCGCACUCGGAGCUUUAAGAUCGCCGUGCACCGCCGAGACGAACGCGAUAUCUGGCAGCAGACGCGGGCCGGAGCGGGGAACUACUGCCAGCGGCACGGCAGCCUCAGCGCUGCCACCACUCCCGGAAGGGGAUACUACGGCUGCGGCUCGUCUUCGUCGGCGGCCGACGACGAGGAGGACCCGUGGCGCCGCCCUGGCGCCGGCGCGAGAGCCGAGGGCUCCGUCUUCCGCAGCAUGGUUCGCGCCAUCGCCACCGAGUUCCUGCCGGACGGCCGGGACCGCAAGUACUACGCGGACCACUACAGCUGCCGGCCGCCGCCCCUGUUCGUGUUCGUCGUCACCCUCAUCGAGCUUGGCUUCUUCACCUACUACACGGUGACCACGGGUGCCGUCACGCCCACGGGCCCGGUGCCCAUCGACAGCUUCUUCAUCUACAGGCCCGACAAGCGUCUCCAAGUAUGGCGGUUUGUCUUCUACAUGGUCCUGCACGCAGGGUGGAUCCACCUGCUGUUCAACCUGCUCGUCCAGAUGUUGGUCGGCCUGCCGCUGGAGAUGGUCCACGGCUCCCUACGCAUCGGCACCGUCUACAUGGCCGGAGUGCUCGCCGGUUCUCUGGGGACGUCAGUGUUCGACACGGACGUCUACCUCGUCGGUGCCUCGGGCGGAGUCUAUGCGUUGCUAGCGGCGCACUUAGCGAACGUACUACUGAAUUACAACCAGAUGCAGUUCGGUCUCGUGAGGCUGGUGGGCGUAUUCUUGAUUGCCUCUGCCGACGUGGGUUUCGCGGUCUACGACCGGUACGCCGCCGAACCUCACGGGCCGCCAGUAUCGUACGUGGCACACCUGACUGGUGCACUGGCAGGCCUCACCAUCGGCCUGCUGGUGCUCAAGAACUUCGAGCAGAAACUGCACGAACAGUUGCUCUGGUGGGUGGCACUAGGCGUGUACGCAGCCUGCACCCUCUUCGCCGUGCUCUUCAACAUCUUCAACUACUGAGCGCCGGAAGUGAGGACAAUGGUUUUUUAGCUUCUUGAACUACUGUGACAGCUUGUGAGCAACCACCGUGUCGGUGCAGCUUGUGUUUGCUCGUGGAGAAGCGUUCACAUCGAGUCAACUCUACAUUGCGCUUAGAUGGUGUGAAGUCGGAACUGAUAUGCUAAAAAACAACAUACCCUGGCUGGCAACACUGACAGCACAAGAAAAGUGGCAGCCUGUUUUAUAUGUGGAAGCAACACUUCAAGAAUUAACAAGGUACUGCUUUCUUACUGCCCAGAGUUGAAGAUCCCUUUGCAAGUCAACGCCAGACAAGUGUGGCAGACUGGUAGUUGCCUUUGUGUAAACAAAUGUAUGACCACAGAACAAACCAAAGAAAUUUGUGAAAACACCGCGAGGACAUUGUAGUGGACUUUACUGUGUUCCAGUGACUCGUGCAGAGAAACAAGAUAUGGAAGAGCCGUGCUGUUCUUACUUCCCGACGCUUUCCACAAGCGUGCAACAGAAAAACAAGCGGCAGGGUGUAGACCAUGUCACAGUUUGUGGACUCGUGUCAAAGCACAGUAGAACCAGAGAAGAACGUGCUUUUAUUUGACUGAAUGGCAACAAAGAAUUUCCGAAUGCAUCGAGUGCGUGUGAGCACGCCUUUUCUAGAAUGCCACCAACACUGAAAUAUUUUUCAAAAAAGCUCUAAACCAAAGAGUCGAUGAACUGCUUUUACUCGUUUCCAGUGGCUUUAGUUAGCCUACAGUUUCCAGUGUUUUCGCUAACUGCACAGAUGAAGCACUGUAAUAGCACCGUCUCGGAAUGCAACAGCACACACUGCCGCACAAAUAGCGUGCAAGACUCCUGGAGCACUAGCAACCAACUGUGACAAGCCGAUGAGUUCGAAAUACAAGCCCACUGCCAAGCAAAACAAUACUGCCGCAUGUCUGCUCGCAGCUCAAAUCCUGCCAUGGGAAAAAAAAAAGUUAGAAAAAGGAGUCGUCGUACAAACGUGUGUUGAAGCUCCUCAGGGAUCGACGGAGACUUUCUCUUCGACAUCAGGCAGCUACGAGACAAGCAGCUGGGACUUUGUUUUACAGUACUCCAAAUGUGUCUGUGCGUGUGACUGCUGUGUACAGGGUGUGCAAACGAAAACGAACAACAAAGUGGAUGCUUUCCCAAGAGUGUUAAAAGUGUGUGGUGCACUUUCUUGACGACAUUGAAAGAAAAAAAAGAACCCUCUUUGAAUUGCAUGGGAGAAUUGGGUGGUCCUCUGCAUUUCGUGAGAAUGAGUAGCCAUUGAAGCAAGGACACAAACUUUGCGACUUCGAACUCUUGUUUCACAUCCUGCCGUACAGUUCUGGACUAGUGUGCAUGUAUGUGUCUCGCCGUGUGUGCAUUUCGGACUCCCUCUCUCGCCAGACAGAAAAGUGUCUCCAAUUGCUUUGCGUGGCUUUUCUGUACAGCACCAUGUUUUUUUUUUGUAAGCUCACAAACAGAUAGUCUAUAUUUCCUCAAGGCGUGCUAGCGCAGAUGGUGAGAAUAUAUUUAUUUAGGCCUUGCCCAGAUAUAUCUAUAGACCUUUUAUGACCUCAAUGUCAAUUAUAUUCCAGAAUGUAGUUAUAGAUCUGAAAAAUGAGAUGUGUUUAGAAGUGGCAUGCUGUGUAUAUUUUAUUUAUUUAUGAAUUUGGUGCUACGUAUGGCCUUUUUUUUUAAUUGCUUUUCUGGAAUGCUCUCUGCGGGCAUAAAAAUGCAAGUGCUUCGAUUCCGCAUCUAAUUUCAGUGUGUUAUUCUUUUCAACAGGGACAACUGUGUAACCACACUGCUGAGACAGUGGUUUAAUUCUUAAUUUUCAUUUGACAUGAUCAGACUGCGCAUUCUAACAAUCGUGAUAUGAACAAGAUUGUGUAGCCAUUCUAACAAAUAGCUAUAGUGCUCACCGAGCAGCAACUUCUAAAUAGCAAGCGUUUAUUUUGCGCAUCCUGAACAGUGGUUCUUACAGUCGAGAUUUACAUUCAUGCGUUUGUUCUAUUUAUUUUAAUUUUUUUGCUUCGACUUUGCCUUGCUCACGCCCACAACGCCAGUUACCUCAGUUUGCCCUUUGCAUGGCUUAGCACUACCAUGCAACAAGGAUAAGUUAGUGUGCAAAGCUGUCUUGAACAUCAUUCGGAAGUGGCACCAAGUGUAGACGCCCGUUUUUUUUCUUUGUUAACGCAACAGGUUGCUGCAUCUAGCACCUCGCACAUGUGAUUUCCCCUUACUGUCCUUUUGUGGCAACUUGAUAAUUUUAGAUAUCUGCAAAGCCAACUGAAGCAGCAUUUGUUUGCCAAUUCUCAGGUUUUUCAGGCAUGUUGAAAUUCUGGCCAUGCAAAAGCCUGCGUCAUGUUACUCCAAGUAGUGCUUGUAACCGAAUGUUCUGACCUUGCGCUUCAGAAAAACAAUGCUUGUCAAGUCUGUUACGUCAGCCUCGGUGAACAACUUGCUGCUGGACAAGUGCUGAGGUGUUAGUGCGUCGCACCUACUGCUCCAUCCGUCAGGUGACGGAAAAUGUGACCUUCCACAGCUUAUUGCACAGAUAUAUUACCUUUAUUGUCACAACCAUUCCGUAGAUGUUGGUGCAAGCAAGCCAUGGGCCUCGCAUUUUUGCGUUGCUUCUCUCUAGCGAUGGCUGAACUGGCCAAGUUCUUCUUGCGUCAGGAGCCAUAGUUUUCACAAGUUUCGGCAGGAAUCUAAAAAAAAAAUGCACGCGUUGUCGCUCUUCGGUAUGCAUUGGCCUUGUUUGCAGCUUGGUGCACAGGAGACGACACGAGUGUUCACCGGUGUACAUACAAGAGCACCGCAUGGUCCGUUUGUUUCAGCGCACAUUCCUUGGAUGUUCCAACAGCACACUGUUCUUUACUUACCUAGCCAAAGCACUUUUUUUUUCUUUGCAAAUUGUGUCAUUCCUUUUCCUGAGAAAGUCGGACAUGGCAGCUUCCAAUGGGUUCGUGGACAGAUUGAUGCAAGCCCACGUCACAAGCUUCCAGCACUGGUUGAAAUCAUCCGACACACCAUUUGUGCACAGUCAGUGCCAUGAGUGUCUAGAACAUCCAGCUGUCUAAAUUAGGCGUGUCAACUGCUGACGUAAAGACAGGAGUUCUAAUAGUGCUGAUCACACCCUCACAAGCUCGCAGAGGAAUUGGCCACAGCUACUUCUUAAUAAAGAAUGGAUAAUGCCUAAGUUUGCUAGGAGUUAUAUACGUAGUGGUUUGAGACGAGGAUUAUACAUCGAAUAUCCACAACACUGCCAGGCGUCUGGGAUGUCCGAGGCACUUUUGGCACUGACUGUGACUGCACAUUGUUGCUCGAGUCACAUGCAAAAACAAACUGCUUGUGCACUGUAUAUCCUGCUCCGCCUUCUUUUACCUGGGGUGUGGCCUUUCACAGAAAGAUGUGUCGCAUCCUGUGCAGCAGCAACGUGUGUCACUAUUGACUUCACGCCCACUGUCAUUCCACAUAUUUUUUUCUUCUUAGAGGCGGCACUAACGCUGACGCUGUGUCACCUUGUAUGUGUCCAUCUUAGUCUGUUUCGCGUGUGUCGUGUUUGUACAGCUGUAGAUGAGAGAGAUUCUUUUUUUAAACCUAUUGUACAAAGUAAUUUAUUUGAAAAAACAGAUUUGCAACUUUAUUAAAGUGUUUUUUUUUGUUCCCUUUA